AAGAAUAUUAUGCCCGAAAUAGAGAUGCUAUACGGAGGAGGCGGCAUGAAGCCCUUGAGAAGAAACAAGCUUCAGCUGCUAUGCUCAAGGACACGGAAAUGUCACCACAUACACCCAUGUCCAAGGCCGAAGACCUGUUCCUACAGGUGAGUCUCAUGGAAAGCACACCCCAGUUCAGGACAUCGGCACCAACCACAACUCAGGUAGCUGUCAGUGAUUCAACUCACUGGACUUGCUGAGAUACUAAUUGUAUUAUUUAUGAGGACCCAAAUGAAUUAAAGAGGCAGAGGGAGAGGCAGCGAUAUUCAGAAAAUAGAGACGACAUCUUAAAGAAUAAGCGGCUAGCCUACAGUGAUAUGAAUGUCCAACAAUCUGACACAAGAACAACUCAGGUCCCAUACCAUGAUCCUAAAGAGAGGAGAAGACAGAGGGACAGGGAGAGGUAUGCACUAAAUAGAUAUGAAAUAUUAAAUCGACGUCAUCAAGCGCAUGAGAACAAAGAGAGCCCGGCUGCGCUCAACCAUUUCGAAAACAUUGUGACACAUACACCAGCUAUAGGACAAUCAGUUCUCACCCAACUGCAACAAAUUCGUGCUGCAGGCAUGUCAAAGGUACCAAACUCAUCUCAACCACAUGAUACAAUCAUGCACGACAAGGAGAAUAUAAAUUGCCACGAGGAGGCCAGUUGGUUGCACAGGAAUGACGCAUACCAGAUACAAGAGAUUUCAGGACGAAGGAGGGCUGUUCUUAUGCCUUCUAGACAGAACCAGCAAAACAAGUGCACCGUAAUACGAGAUAGUACACAAGGGCUUUUAACACAAUUGAUAGAGGUUCAAACACCUCAGCUGAACCAAGAAAGCGACAAGAGGCGAGGAAUGGAAGAGUCCCCAGAUUCGGGGCAACCAGACAAUAAUGAAAGAAAUGAUGAAACAGACGAUGUAUAUGGAAUAUUUGAGCCUGCUGGACACUCAUCAGACUUAGAAGAACCUAAUGAGGGCAAUGAUUCAGACGAUGAUGACAUUGAGGAUGAAGAAACAUUAUUCAGGGAACAUGUUGAGUAUGAAUCGGUCCGAGACAAACGUCAGGCUGCUGGUGGAAUACCGGAGCAUGAUAGCUAUGAUAGUGUCUACCGAGAUCUACCCAGAGAACACCAUGUCCUCAGAAAAGUCAGAGACUGCGGCCAUUGUGAAGCAACAAGGUUUCAGUACGAGGGGCCUGCAUUUUGUUGUAGAAAAGGAAAAAUCCGUGUAUUCAUUCCAGAUGUCCCUGAAGAGUUGAAGCGGUUAUGGACCAGUCAGGACGACGACGAUGCUAAGUAUUUCCGAGAGAAUAUCCGGUAUUUCAACUCGCACUUCUCAUUCACAAGUCUUGGAGUUACACUUGACCGCCGAGUCAGCACUGCGGCAGGGACCGGCAUAUUUACAUUCCGUGCACAUGGCAUGCUGUACCACAAAGUGGACGAUUUGGUGCCUACCGGAAAUGGACCACGGCAUUUGCAGCUUUACAUUUAUGAUGGUGAUCAAACGUUGUCUCACAGGAUCCAGAGGUCACCUGAUCUUAAUGUAGACCUCAUUCAGAAAAUUCUGAGUAUACUUGAGCACAACCCUUAUGUGCAUACUUUCAAGACCGUCGGGUCGUUCUCAAAUCUAGAUGAGUACAAGAUUGAGCUGAACACAAAUAUAACCUUGGAUCAGCGUCGGUACAAUGCACCCACGACUUCUGAAGUGGCUGCGAUUUGGGUUGAAGGGAACGACCCGACGAAAGUCUUUGAUAGGAGCGUUGUUGUGCAUGCAAAAGGAGGAGGACGUCCUCUAUAUAUUAGAGCAUACUAUGGGUGCUAUGAUCCCUUAGCAUACCCAUUGUUUUUCCCGGGUGGGGAGACCGGUUGGAAUCGUAAGAUGCCAUAUUUUGAAGAAACUAAUCGCACUCUAGAACAUUUGGUGGACAAUUCUGAUUUACCGACAGGUAUUUACCAAGCCACUAAUUUACCCCAGCAACAUGAAGAUCAUGCUACUGAUUCUGCACGACACAAUGACCAGGCCACUGAUUUACCUCAUGAAGACCAUACUCCUGACACUGUUUUACCAACAGAUGACAUGGACGGCGAUGAAGAUGAGGAUCCCUGCGAUGCAGAGGAGUCCAAGAAAUUUGUUAGUGCAAGGGAGUACUACUGCUACAAGCUGCAAGUUCGUAAGAAGCUUUUUAAUAUCAUUUUGUUCGGGGGGCGCCUUUUCCAACAAUGGGCUGUGGACAUGUACAUAAAGAUUGAGACUAUGAGGCUAGACUGGUACUCUAAGCCUAGCAACCAAAAGAUUAUACGAGCUGACCUUUACCAGGGUCUGGUUGACACCAUCGCAGCUGGCGAGGCACGCGGUGAUCGCAUCGGGAAGAGAAUCGUGCUUCCACGCAGCUUUCCUGGCGGUGACCGAGACAUGCAACGGAGGUUCCUUGAUGCAAUGGCCAUAGUUCAUCGGUGGGGCAAACCGGACUAUUUUAUCACGAUGACUUGCAACCCAUACUGGGAGGAGAUAACAACCGAACUAUUACCCGGUCAACUGCCACAAGACCGUCCUGACCUGGUGGCCAGAGUUUAUAGGGCUAAGCAACGACAUUUGAUGGACUUAUUGACCAAGCAAAAACAUUUUGGAGAAGUUGCGGCCUACGUUCAUGUCACAGAGUUUCAGAAAAGAGGUCUCCCGCACGAGCACAUACUUCUGAUCAUGAAAGCACGGAGCAAGUUAAACACGCCAGAUGACUACGAUAAGGUCAUAUCGGCACAGAUACCAGACAAAGAUAAGUAUCCUGUUCUUCAUGAUCUGGUGAUCAGACACAUGUUGCACGGGCCUUGCGAUGAGUUGAGGAAAAGUUGUGCAUGCAUGAUUGAUGGUCAGUGCCGUUUUCACUACCCUCGACAGUUUUGCCCCGCCACACAGCAAGGGAAGGACUCAUAUCCCAUCUACAGAAGGAGGGACGAUGGGCAGAGAGUUCAGAUCAGAGGCGCAUAUUUGGACAAUAGAUGGGUUGUCCCUUACAACCCGUCUCUUCUCAUGCGAUACAACUGCCACAUUAACGUCGAAGCUUGCUCGAGCAUCAAGGCAGUUAAGUACCUGUUCAAGUACAUCUACAAAGGGCAUGAUCGGACAUCCUUUGCAUUCGAGCAAGAACUCAUCAACGGCGGGGAAAUCACCAAUGAGAUUCGUCAAUACAGGGACGCCCGCUAUGUAUCUCCUCCAGAGGCUAUUUAUAGGAUUUUCGGUUUUCACAUGUUUGGUGUCAGUCCAUCUGUUCUGCAGCUCCAGCUUCAUUUGCCAAACAUGCAUACCGUCGCCUUCAAAGCCGGUGAAAGCCUAGAAGAUGUCGUCACUCGGCCAACUUCUGCCAAAUCCAUGCUUACAGAAUACUUUGAGAUGAACGCGAAAAAUCAGGAGGGACAAAAAUGGUUGUACAGGGAGUUUCCAGAACACUAUAGGUGGAUUUCCGGCACUAAGAAGUGGCAGAAGAGGAGAAACAAGAGGUAUCAGAUUGGAAGACUUGUGUAUGCGCACCCUGCCGAAGGAGAGAGGUACUACUUGCGAGUGCUCCUCAGCCAUGUCCGAGGUGCCACUUCAUUUGACGAUCUGAAAACAGCAAAUGGCAGGCUGUGCGGUACCUUCAGAGAGGCGUGUGAGCAAUUAGGCCUCAUUGAGCAUGACAGGUCACUUGAUGAUUGCAGGACCGAGGCUGCCACAUUUCAGAUGCCGUGUGCUCUUAGGCGGUUGUUUGCCACUAUAUUGGUAUUCUGCGAGGCAACAGAAAUCCGUCAGUUGUGGGACAAACAUCUGUCAUCGAUGUCUGAAGAUUACCGCCGGACACAACCCAAUGAGGCAGAACUUGAGCAGAUGGUCCUAAGGGACAUAAGAGAUCUGGUGCAAUCCAUGGGAAAGGAUAUCAAGAGCUACGAGCUUUCGGAAAUUGCAGAGACAGAUGGUUCUCUUGAUGUUGAGUUUAGAGAGGUAGCAGAGGAGAGGCAAGUCGGCGUGGACCAAGAACACCUAGAUCUUGAAAGCCGCUUGAACAACGAGCAGUUGGCUGGGUUCAACGACAUCAUGGAUCAUGUGACCAGCCAAAAAAGCCAAGUAUUCUUUGUUGAUGGUCCGGGAGGUACUGGGAAGACAUACUUGUACAAAGCCUUGCUUGCAAAGGUGCGGUCCAUGGGUCUGAUAGCGAUUGCAACUGCUACAUCGGGUAUAGCCGCGUCGAUAAUGCCUGGAGGGCGGACUGCACACUCUAGGUUCAAAAUUCCAAUCAAGCUCACUGGCUACAGCAUGUGUGGUUUCACAAAGCAGAGUGGGACAGCAGACUUGCUUAGACGGGCAUCCUUGAUAAUUUGGGACGAAGUCGCCAUGACAAAGCGUCAAGCAGUGGAGACGCUUGAUAGAUCUUUGCAAGACAUAAUGGAAUGUCCUUUGCCGUUUGGGGGAAAGGUUGUCGUCUUUGGUGGAGAUUUCAGGCAGGUCCUUCCCGUCGUGACACGGGGGACAAGAGCACAAAUCACGGAUGCCGCACUGUUGAGAUCCCAUCUAUGGGAGAACAUCCGCAAGAUAAGGCUCACGCGCAAUAUGCGGGCACAGGAUGGCCCUUGGUUCUCCGAAUACCUCCUCAGGAUAGGGAAUGGGACAGAAGAGACAAUUGGCGAUGACUACAUCCGUCUCCCUGACGACAUUGUCAUUGGUUAUACCGAGGAUGACCGAGCAAUUAAUAGACUCAUCGAACAAGUCUUCCCAUCGUUGCAUGCCAAUGCUAGGUCGAGAGAGUACAUGAGCACACAUGCAAUUCUUUCAACAAAGAACGAGCAUGUGGAUGAGCUGAAUGCAAAGAUGAUCUCCAGGUUCCCGGGCGAAGAGAAGGUAUACCAUAGCUUCGACUCUAUCGAGGAUGACCUGCAGAAUAAUUACACCAUCGACUUUCUAAACUCGAUCACGCCUAAUGGCUUGCCCCCGCAUGUGUUGAGAGUAAAGGACAACUGCCCGGUCAUUCUCCUCCGUAACCUCGACCUCAUAAUGGCCUAUGCAAUGGAACACGGCUUAUGAUCAGAGCCUUCCAAGAUAAUGCAAUCGAUGCAGAGAUUGUUGGUGGACAGCAUGCUGGAAAGAGGGUGUUCAUACCAAGGAUCCCUAUGUCUCCAUCGGAGGACAUCUCGCUUCCCUUCAAGCUUAAAAGAAAGCAGUUCCCCAUCCGCUUGAGUUUUGCGAUGACCAUAAACAAGGCACAGGGUCAGACCAUACCCAACGUCGGCAUUUACCUUCCCGAGCCCGUGUUCUCGCAUGGACAGCUAUAUGUUGCAUUGUCAAGGGGCGUGUCGAGAAGCACGACACGGAUUUUGGCCAAGCCGAACAAGGAGGUUGAUAAGUCUGGGAAGAGCACCAAGAACAUUGUCUACAGAGAUGUUUUAGAGGGAUGUGGGCAGGUAAGGUGACAUGCUGGGCUUCAGGAAGCCUGCAAUUAUUAUUUUUGGGCGUGUGCCUCUGCACCCUGCAGCAGUUGCUGCUCAAAUAUGGGGUUAGUUGUUGUCCCAAUUUACACUAGAGCUGUAGCUGUGAUACCAGGUGUUGAGAUGAUUCCCAAAUUGUACAAAUCUGUUGACCUGAAGAAUGGUUCCUUACAACCAUUCUGGGUGGUCUCAUGCAGAUUCUUUUAACCUUGUUGUUGUGUCAGAUGCUUUGGAUUAUCUGACCCCAAGGUAUCUGAACAAAACACUUCCUGAUUUAGCAAGGGUCUCCACAGAUGGCCUUGUUAUAUUUACUGGUGAUAAAGGCCAAAAAGAAGAAGGCUGGGCUGUGCACAAAAGAUAACAGGAGAUUAUUGCUUAUUGGCUGGAUCACCUGCUGAUGCUAAUGCACAUUACACCACGGCUAUAGAUCUUGCAAGAUUGACAGGAGACGUUUUCUGGCAUGCUGGAGCCCUUGAAGGUAUUGUCUGCGCAUUGGUGGUGAGUGUUCAUGUCAACCUAUGGAGUUUUGGGAUGGAGAACAUUCUGGUUAUGCAAUAGUUCUUCGCAUUGACAGUUUGCAUUCAAUAGUGCCAUUGGAACUGCUUCUCUUCUAUCUUUUCAUGUACUGGGACUGGAUUUCUAAGACUGCAUGUAAUAAUUGCCUGAAGUAUUGAAUUGUGGUUGUACUAAGACUGCAUGUAAUAAGACUGAUUGUACUAAUACAUGUAAUAUUUCAACAAGUAAUAUGGGUCGGAUGAGGAAGUGAUAUAAUUCCACGAUGUA